AGGGGGUUGAAAGGAAAAAUCAUAGGCUGGAAAGCGGAAAACAUUGACGAAGACGCCACCACAGAAGGGGAAAUGAAGGGAAAGCGGGGAAGAAGGGCGCGGCCGAGAGAUGACGGAGGCGAGUGAGGCCGGGGGCUCGCCGGAGAUGGACGACGGGCCGGGCGGCGGCGGCCGGCCUGCGUGGCUCCAGCGGUACGAUCUGGUGGGGAAAAUUGGGGAGGGGACGUACGGGCUCGUGUUCCUGGCCCGGACCAAGCUCCGUAAGUGCAUCGCCAUCAAGAAGUUUAAGCAGUCCAAAGAGGGCGAUGGCGUCUCUCGCACGGCCAUUCGCGAGAUCAUGCUAUUGCGGGAAAUUUCUCAUGAGAAUGUUGUUAAACUAGUGAAUGUACACAUCAACCAUGCUGAUAUGUCACUCUAUCUAGCAUUUGACUAUGCUGAGCAUGACUUGUAUGAAAUCAUCAGACAUCACAGAGAGAAGCUUAACCAUUCCAUUAAUCAGUACACGGUGAAGUCACUGCUUUGGCAACUGCUCAAUGGGCUCAAUUGUCUUCACAGUAAUUGGAUUAUACAUCGUGACCUCAAGCCAUCUAACAUUCUGGUUAUGGGUGAGGGUGAGGAACAUGGAGUUGUGAAAAUUGCUGAUUUUGGACUUGCUAGAAUAUACCAAGCUCCAUUGAAACCUUUAUAUGAAAAUGGGGUUGUGGUAACUAUUUGGUAUCGUGCUCCUGAGCUACUACUUGGAGCAAAACACUAUACAAGUGCUGUUGAUAUGUGGGCUGUUGGAUGCAUUUUUGCUGAGCUACUAACUCUGAAACCAUUGUUUCAAGGGGUGGAAGUCAAAGCUACUCCUAACCCAUUUCAGCUCGACCAGUUGGACAAGAUUUUUAAGGUCUUAGGGCACCCUACACCUGACAAGUGGCCUACUCUAGUGAAUCUUCCAUACUGGCAAAACGAUCAACAACAUAUACAAGGACAUAAGUAUGACAACCCUAGUCUCCAUAGCUAUGUUCAUUUACCACAGAAGAAUCCUGCUUGUGAUCUCCUUUCAAAGAUGCUUGAAUAUGAUCCUCGAAAGCGUAUAACUGCAGCACAAGCUUUGGAGCAUGAGUUCUUUCGGAUGGAUCCUCUGCCAGGACGCAAUGCACUGGUGCCAUCCCAUCCAGGAGAGAAAGCUGUGAAUUACCCUGCACGUCCAGUUGACACCACUACAGAUUUUGCAAGAACAACCAGCAUGCAACCUUCUCAACCGGUAUUAUGGGAGAACUUGAAUCUCAAACCAUCAGCUGCAUCUGUGGUGGCUCCUAGGCAAGUUCCUCGACCAAUGCCUAUGGUUGGAAUGCAAAGGAUGCCAGGUGCAGCUAUGGCAGCUUUUAAUAUUGCAUCCCAAGCUGGCAUGGGUGGUGUAAAUCCCGGUAAUAUUCCUAUGCAAAGGGGUGCGGCAGCUCAGGCUCAACAACAGCAGUUAAGAAGGAAAGAUCCAGGAAUGGGAUUGCAAAAUACAGGGUAUCCUCGGCAGAAGAGGCGCUUUUGAUCUUCUCAGGGUUUUAGCUUUGGACAUAUUGGAAGUUCUGACAGUUAUGGAAUGGGCGUAUGCGAUGGAACACUCCUAUCAAAGUCUCUACUCUGUGAUAAAAAUGAGAUGAGCAAAAAAGAACCAGAGAUUCUUCCCUUCUGUAUAUAAUAUAGUUGAAAACUGCACUGUUGUAUCAACAUUGUGUGUGCAAACUGUGUAACAUGGGGGUUGCCCAAAGUGCGUUUAUGACACUAGAAUUUACACGAGCAGGUAAGUGCUGUCGUUUUUGGAUUAUUGCUGCCUAGUGCCUACAGUUUUUCAUUUCAAGCAGUUUUGAGUUGCAGUCUUCUGUUCA